AUGAGCGUGAAAAUAGUUAUAAGUAGGAGUACCUAUAGCUAACUUUUCUUCACUGGAAAACAAUGGGAAGGGUGAAACAGCGAGCUAUUUCAGUCAGGGGAGGCCUGAAGUACUAAAGCGGAGAGCGAUGUCAAGUCAUAACCUGCCACCGGUGCGCCAUUUGCCACACUUGACCAGAGUAGGGCGGCUAGAGAAGCCUUGCUCGCUACGACGCUUACCGGCUAACCCUGAACAGCGGCUCCCGCUACCUGUUAUCAAGCCAGCGGGCAGAGCAGCGGCAGAGACGUCCUGUCAGAGCGGCAGCACGGACCUCCGGGUUGCUUCACUGCAAAGAAACGUCCAGUUCCUACAAGAACAGCACAAGGAAACACUGAAGAAGCUCCACGCAGAGAUAGAGAACCUCAGACGGGAGAAUAAAGAGUUGAAGUAUAAGGUGAUAAUGGAGCCUCCUAAGUCAAGUAGAAAAGUUGCACACAGUCGACAAAACUGUAGACCACCCACUCAGGGCAGUCAAGCCCAUACUGGACUGUACAUGGAGGAGCCACUGCAGGACACGAGACUCUUGCAGGACCAGGCUCUCGGUAGCAUUGGAGCAAGCACUGAAAUUCUGGAUUCAGCCAGGCAGGACCAUGGCACGGAGGCCAAUGGGCGCCUCAUCACUUCACUGCAGCCUCUCCGAAUUAACAGCAGUUCCUCCCAGCCCCCACGGGCCCCCACACUACAGGAGUGUGAGAUCAUCAUCCGACAGCUAUAUAAUGCUAACAGCUUACAGUCUCAGGAGAUCGUGCGUGUGAAAGCACUGCUCAGAGACAUCGUUUCAAACAAGAAAAUCACCCCAGAAAACUACAUCAUGGCUAAGGCCUACCUUUCAGAUGGAACUCGCGGGUCUUUAGAAGAAAACAAAUUACCAAAACUUGGCCUUCAGUCAUUCCCAGAAAAACAGUGUGGAACAUCUCAGUCUGGGGUUGUCUUCCCUGCCCUCAAACAGAGCCUUGGCUACAACAUUGCAGAUAGACAGAAGAGGUCCCGUGCUGUGCAGAGAGACCGUUUGAGAAGGGCUGUUCAGUGACAGGAACACAAAUACCAGAGCAUAUUUCUGUGGUAUAUAAUGAAAUAAAGCAUUUCUGAUUGAUGAUGUUUUAUGAUGUCAUAAAGUUGAGCAGGAUAGAGUGGUCGCAGCAGGAAUCGCACAACACUUAGUCAAUGACGGCCCAGUUGGAUUACCUCUUCCAGUAAGCCUUGCCAGUGUGAAGCAGCAUGCCGUACGGAAGCGCCUCCCUUAAGUGGAAUGCAACCAUCAUUAACACACCUGUGUGCUUCCUGUCAUGGCAUGUCAAAAUGUCUGCUGCUCGGGAAAAAAAACCCUAUACAGACACGUCACGUUUAUUGACAAUUAUUGCUCAUAAUGAUGUGUAAGAUGGACAGAUAACACAAAUAAUGCUCUAUAAGGCCUGGAUUUUUUUAGUUUUUCUACAUAGCAGAAGGACUGAUUUCAGCUUUUCACUGGGAAUUUUUUUUUUUCAACCAUUGAGUUUCAGGACAUUUGUGGCUUGUUGUCACUUCACAAAAAAGCAAGCAUAAAAGCACACUUUGUUUUUCAUAAAGCCACUUUUUUUUGUCAUUCAGUGUGCUAAAGAGCAGUUUAAUGAUUUUUACUGGCCAAGCAUUAGUAUUUAAUCAUUUACAAUUUGAGUUUAAGCAUAAGGAUGAAAGGGUAUAAAUGUCCUCUGCACAAGACAGUGCUGUUCUUUUAAAUUUUUCCCUUUGCGCCUGACUCUUCGGGAUACUGUUCCUUUUAGUGGACCAAUCGUGUGGAGAGUUAUUUGCAUGCUGAGUGUCGUAUUUGAGAUAUAAUGACACAAAAUAGGCAACAGGUGAUCCUGCCUUAAAUAAAUGUCCUAUUGUUAUGUUAGCACUGGUUUCUAAGGUCAUACACCACUGCAAACACUGGAUUUGUCAGUUUAAGAGAAGUGAAAUGUCACUUAGGUUUUGAUCGCUGAAGAUUUGCCAAAGUGCGCAGUUUACGGCGAUAAUUAGAUAUAUUAAGAAAUGUAUUUAAAGCUUUGAUUUCUUUGUUUAUGUGGAGCAUUACUUGUGUUUAAUUAAGCCCAACUGCGGUCCUCUUUACAUGGUUUAUGAGUCAUUUUGUGCUUCACAGGCUGCGAUCCCUUUAUUCCUUCUCUCUAGAAGAACCCUCACAGGCUCCUUUAGUUGCUGAUUCAUGCAUAACAUCUAUAUUGGACAUGUAUUUAUAGUAUAAACACUGCAUAAAGU